UCCUACCAGUAGCGAGUCGCGGGGCUGAAAAGCAGAAGGAGCUCAACCUCUCAGUGCUAUGGAGUACUAGCACAUCUUAGCAAGGAAACAGGAUUAAUUGUCUUUCAGAUAAACUGUUUUAUUAAGGGGUGAAUUGAUCGGUUGUCUGAAUUUAUAAGGUGUGCUUUCAGUCGUGAUCAUUCUUUGAAGAUCAUGGCUCCAACUAUCCAGACCCAAGCCCAGCGAGACUCGGACGGUCACAGGUCUAGGAGUUCAUCACACAGAACUGUUCCAGAGCGGUCUGGAGUCGUUUGUCGGGUGAAGUACUGCAACAGUCUGCCAGACAUCCCGUUUGAUCCAAAAUUCAUCACAUAUCCAUUUGACCAGCAUAGGUUUGUGCAGUACAAGGCUACGUCCUUAGAGAAGCAACACAAGCAUGAGCUGCUGACUGAGCCUGACCUGGGGGUCACCAUCGACCUCAUCAACCCAGACACCUACCGUGUCGACCCCAGCAUUCUUCUGGAUCCAGCUGAUGAAAAGUUAUUAGAAGAAGACAUCACUGCUCCAUCCAGCUCAAAAAGAUCUCAGCAGCAUGCCAAGGUGGUCCCAUGGAUGAGGAAGACUGAGUACAUCUCCACAGAGUUCAACAGAUAUGGAGUCUCCAAUGAGAAAGUGGAAGUCAAGAUUGGUGUGUCUGUGAAACAGCAGUUUACGGAAGAGGAGAUCUAUAAGGAUAGGGACAGCCAGAUUGCUGCUAUUGAAAAGACCUUUGAGGAUGCGCAGAAACCGAUUGUCCAGCACUACAGUAAACCAAGAGUCACUCCUGUGGAGGUGAUGCCUGUGUUCCCAGACUUCAAAAUGUGGAUUAAUCCAUGUGCUCAGGUCAUCUUUGACUCUGAUCCUGCGCCUAAAGACAUGUCAGGACCCCAGGGAGUGGAGAUGAUGUCUCAGGCCAUGAUUAGAGGUAUGAUGGAUGAGGAAGGGAACCAGUUUGUGGCCUACUUCCUGCCCAACGAGGAAACCAUCCGCAAGCGCAAGAGAGAUGUAGAAGAGGAGCUGGACUACAUGCCUGAUGAUCUUUACGACUAUAAGAUAGCCAGGGAGUACAACUGGAACGUGAAGAACAAAGCCAGCAAGGGCUACGAAGAGAACUACUUCUUUAUCUUCAGAGAUGGCGAUGGAGUCUACUACAAUGAGCUGGAGACCAGAGUGCGAUUGAGUAAGAGGAGAGCUAAGGCUGGAGCCCAGUCCACUACCAACGCUGUACUGGUGUGUAAGCACAGAGACAUGAAUGAGAAGGAGCUGGAGGCACAGGAUGCACGUAAGGCUCAGCUGGAGAACCAUGAACCAGAGGAUGAAGAGGAGGACAUGGACUUGGAUAAACUGCAGGACUCUGGUGACGAGAAGGAGAAAGGUAGCGAGAGCGAGGGAGACAACUCUGACAGUGACUCUGACCGGGAGGAUGAGGAUGGAAAGCAGAGUGGAGCUGAGGAUGACGAAGAGGAGGGGGCCAAGCGGAGGAGGAAGGCCAGCGGUAGCGGCAGCGAGAGUGGGGAGGAGGAGGUGAAGCUGGCGGACGAGGUGGAGAUCUUCGGCAGCGACGACGACAGCGACGAUGACGACAACGAGCCCAAGAACGGAGCGGCCCAGAGCAGCGGGGACGAGGGCAGCGGGAGCGAGGAGGAGAAGGGAAGCCACAAGGGAAGGAGCGGCAGCGUGUCCCCCGCUCACAGCAGCGCUAGCGACCACUCCGAGGACGGCCGUGUCCACAGCGGGAGCGGCAGUGAGCAGGCCUCAGACUCCAGCGACGGCACUGACAGUGAAUGAGAGCCUGGGCCUUUUUGCCGCGACAGCGCUGGCCCGGCCACGGUGCUGGCCCGGCCACACCUCGCCACCAAGGUCUGCUGGCCCUGGCUAACAAGCCUUCAGAACAAGCUUGGCUGACCCACCCUCAGAAAAGCCCUGCCCAUCAAAGGGUCAGUCUGAGACUAGCAACGUAUUCCUGUUGGGAGAUACAGUCUGCCCCCCCCUUUUUUUCUUUUAGGAGAGCAACCACCUCUCGGGAACUUAUGGGUACCUGUCAGUUACAUCUAUAAAAGUUUUGCUCAUAGAUACAGCUGGAGCCAUGAUCUUAGUAGUUGUGAGUACAGCACAUGCUUCGUUGAACAAAACUGAUUUCCUACCUAUUUCUAUUGCUUCUUUUAAGCUGUUCUUUUAAGUCUGAGUUUGUCUUUAUGGUUUGUUGAUUUCCAUCACUCUGUGACAGAAUGUGGUGUGGAAGCAGAUUUUCCUGUGUAUAAAUUUGUUAAAAAUGUUUGUUAAAUCAAAAGCAUAAUGUGUCGCACUUCUUAAUGCUCCCAAGUUAUUUGUAUUGAUAGGUAUGUUCCCAACCUCAGGUCUUCACCAGGCAUUGAAAGCAGGGUUGAAAGGUCUUACAUCACUUCCUGAGACAGGAGGUAAAAACCGACAUUACAGACAUAUCAACAUACUCAUUCUGUCCGCUUGAGACCUCACGCAUGUGUGUGCAGAAAUCCCUGGAAAUCAAGAAAGCUUUUCUUGGGAUGGUGCUAAUGUCGUCUAUUCAUCAGAUCCUUUCAGAAAAACAUAAAUGGCAAAUAAACUCCUUUUGACUAAA